GAUUAUAAGUCUCUAUAUAAGCACAUGCACACAAGGUAGGUGUCUCCGUUCUUGGUUUUCUUCUUCAAUGAAGAUUAACGUAGCUGAUCUUCCACAGGGGAAGACCAUCCCCCAUAAUAUCCUAAGAUUUCUCCUUCUAGUCCUCACCCUAACCUUCAUUUGUUUCACUCUCAUCCCUCUCUGUGUAUAUCAGACUCCUGCUUCCUCCUCCUCCUCUUACCCUUCUCACAGUCACAGGAAAGUUGCAUAUGAAUCAAAACCGCUUAGGUUAAUUAGGAAGAAGUGUGAUAUAUCCAGUGGAGAAUGGAUCCCUCAAACCCAGGGACCUUAUUACACCAAUAUGACUUGCAAACAUAUACAUGACCAACAAAACUGCAUGCUCCAUGGGAGACCCGAUACCGGCUACUUGUACUGGAGAUGGAAGCCCGGCGACUGCGAGCUACCUCGCUUCGACGCCCGGCAGUUCUUGGACAUUGUCAGAGGGAAGUCCAUGGCCUUUGUUGGGGACUCUGUGGCAAGAAACCAAAUGCAAUCCUUGCUCUGCAUGCUUUCUACCACUGUGGGUGAGCCUGUGGAUGUUUCUGAAAAUUCGUGGGAUGGAAAAUUCAAACGCUGGCUCUUCACUGAUUACAACUUCACCAUUGCUACCUUCUGGUCUCCACAACUAGUAAAAGCCAAGGACACCUGGCCAAAAGAGACAACUGGUCUCAUGCACCUGUAUGUAGAUGAACCAGAUGAGGCCUGGAUAACCAAGAUUGACAAAUUUGACUAUGUGAUCAUCUCAGCUGGGCAGUGGUUCUGGCGGCCACUUCUGUUCUAUGAACAUGGCAAGGUUGUAGGGUGCCAUAUCUGCUUUGACAAGAAAAUGAAAGACCUUACCAUGUACUAUGGCUACAGAAGGGCGUUUAGGACUGCUUUCAAAGCCAUUAGUAAGCGGAAGGAAUUCAAAGGAGUAGUAUUUCUUAGGACAUUUUCUACUGGUCACUUCGAAGAUGGGACAUGGAAAACUGGAGGAACCUGUCCCAGGACAAAACCUUUCAAAAGCAGUGAAAAGAGGCUAAAAGAGUUUGAUUUGGAGUUCUAUUUGACCCAGAUGGAGGAAUAUAGGGCUGCAGAAAGGAAAGCAAGGAAGCGAGGCUUGAAGCUUAGAUUGUUAGAUACCACUCAGGCUACAUUGCUGAGACCAGAUGGGCACCCUGGUCCUUAUGGGCAUUUUCCACAAGAAAACAGAAUAGUUCAUGACUGUGUCCACUGGUGCUUACCAGGACCUAUUGAUACAUGGAAUGAGUUCUUGCUACAGAUGUUGAAGACAGAUGGUGAGAGAUCCUUUGAAGAAAGAUUGUAAAGAUGUGAUGAUAGAUGAGCAUCAGUUAAAUUCUUCAAAUAUUGUUUGGUUCAAUAUAAUUAAUCUCACCAUUUCCUCGUCCAUCAAAUCUUGAAGACAUUAAAAUGGACACUCCCCACAAAUAUUCAUGUCAGAUGCCUGUAAAUUUGACACUUGUUUGCACUAAGCUAAAGUCUUUGGGCAGUGAAGAUGUAGCACAAUCAAUGGGAUUUGGUACCCCUUCUUCCUUGCAGAGAAUUGGGACUCUGUCUUUAAAAGCUUA